UAAACAACUUCCGGUUCCGCCUCUGUGUGGUGGGUCAAAUGUGAGAAGAGAAUCCGUGUGAAAAUGGAAGGGGAUGCAGCUUCUCCAAACAUAUUGGGGGAAAGUAAAGCUGGAUAUAUCCUGAGUAAUGUUGCCGAGGUCGUGGAGAGGAUUUUGACGUUUGUGCCGACUAAAAAUCUCCUCCGGAUAGCAAGUGUGUGCAGGCUAUGGAGGAAUUGUGCACGCAGAGUCUUGAGGACACAGCAAAGACUGACCUGGCUCUCUGCCUCUGGCUCAUCCAUAUACGAGGAGCAUGUUUUGCUUAGAACUAUGGCAGAAGACUUGGAGAAGGUCUAUCUACUGCCCCAGACAGCUCUCCUAAUGGUGAAUGGAGAAAACUUCAAUUGGCCUUUUAGUUACAGACAGAAAAAGGCCAGGAAGUGUGAGAAUGAAGUGGCGUCUGAUCCUGUCGAGAAGCUGAGACGCUUGCUGCCUAGCACUUGUGAUGUAGUAGGAAUUGUUACAUCAGGAAUUGUUGUGACCCCCAGUGGUUCACCCAGCAGCCCCCCAGAAGAGCACGAAGAGGGUGAAGCUGGCUUCAGUCUGCUUUUCCCUGCCAUGGAUGGAGUUACCAUCCGGCCUUUUCACUUCUGCAAAAAGAGCCUCAGUGAAUCGGCAAUGGAGGAAGCAGGGUUGAUUAAUAACCCUGAUCUAAAGGUGGUGCUAAUGUUUGACUAUGAGACCUGGAAAGCUGGAGGGGGGUGCUUUCUUAACAAGCUGCUGGAACCUCUUUCUCAAAAUAAUGUACUUAUUGUUGGAGGACAAGUUGAGAGGGCCUUUUCCAAUAACACAACCUGGUAAGUGAAGAAAGUUCUUGAUUUUAGAUGAGUCAAGUUAGUUUCCGGUUUUCUUUUUUGUCAUGUUAUAUGU